UAUUAUUUACUCACUGUAACAACAGUGAAUUUAGUACAUACAAAUCGAAUUAAAUAAAAUAAAAUAAAAUAAAAAAGCAUCCACAUCCACCUCCGCCUCCACCUCCACCUCCACCUCCCCCAUCCCCAUCUAUUUAUACUCUUCUAUGCCCAAAAUCAGUAUUUACACAAGUGAUAGAGAGUGCUCUUCAUGAGAGUAUCUCUGAAGACGUCGAAACAGAGAAGGGCCGCAGAAAACAAUCUUAAUUUCCAACAUUUGUUCUACAACCAUGUGUAAUCCGAACAUCACUCCCACCAUUCCCAUCACCACACCACUCACAUCUGAUCACAAACCAAUCCAACAACAACCACAUACCAACUUUUAUUUCGAUCUUUUAUCACUCCAAAACACCACAAAAUCCGACCAAGAAAAUCCAAAGCCAUCCCAGUUCAGUCCCCCAACCCUGUCCCAUAUCGUCACCGAGACCAAAUCCCUCUUCAACCUCUCUUUUCCCAUAGCACUCACCGCUCUCACCCUCUACUCUCGCUCUAUCCUCUCCAUGCUCUUCUUAGGCCACCUUGGCGACACCCAACUCGCCGCCGGCUCUCUCGCCAUCGCUUUCGCCAACAUCACCGGCUAUUCUGUCCUCUCCGGUCUUGCUCUCGGCAUGGAGCCUCUCUGUUCACAAGCUUUCGGUGCCAAACGUCCAAAGCUUCUCUCUCUAACUCUCCACCGCUCUGUUAUUUUUCUUCUUGUUUCGGCCAUACCCAUUAUACUCCUUUGGCUCAACAUUUCCAAAAUUCUUCUCUAUUUACACCAAGACCCCAACAUCGCACGCUUGGCUCACACGUACCUCCUUUUCUCUCUCCCUGACCUCUUCACAAACUCUUUCAUUCACCCAAUUCGCAUUUACCUUCGGGCACAAGCCAUCACCUCCCCGCUCACGUUAGCAUCGCUCGCCGGCACGAUUCUACACCUGCCCAUUAACUUUUUGCUCGUGUCACACUUCCGGCUCGGCGUGGCGGGUGUCGCCGCCGCCUCCGCCGCGUCCAAUUUCUUUGUUUUGGUGGCGCUGGUUACGUACGUGUGGGUGUCUGGGUUGCACGUGCCGACGUGGACCCCACCGAGCCGGGAGUGUUUGACUGGCUGGAAGCCGCUGAUUCGGCUCGCUGGGCCGAGCUGUGUUUCGGUGUGUCUCGAGUGGUGGUGGUAUGAGAUCAUGAUCGUGCUCUGUGGUCUCCUUGUUGACCCCAAAGCCACUGUGGCGUCAAUGGGUGUGUUGAUUCAAACCACGUCGUUGAUAUAUGUGUUUCCGUCGUCACUAGGGUUUGCAGUUUCGACACGGGUUGGGAAUGAACUCGGAGCUAACCGACCCGAUAAGGCUAGAUUGUCCGCUUUGGUGUCAAUAUUUUUAGCGGCUGUGAUGGGCUUAUCAGCAAUGGUUUUUGCAUCCGGAAUGAGAAAUAUUUGGGCCCGGAUGUUCACCAAUGAUGCUGAGAUCCUACGGCUGACAGCAGCUGCUCUGCCGAUCCUAGGGCUGUGUGAGCUCGGGAACUGUCCUCAGACAGUCGGGUGUGGUGUGGUCCGAGGUACAGCCCGACCCACUACCGCAGCUAACGUGAACCUUGGCGCAUUCUAUCUAGUGGGUAUGCCCGUGGCGAUUGGGCUUGGGUUUUGGCUCGAGGUGGGCUUUUGUGGGCUUUGGCUUGGGUUACUGUCGGCCCAAAUCUGUUGUGCCGGGCUGAUGUUAUAUGUGGUUGCGACCACGGACUUCAACGACCAAGCCACGAAGGCACAGAUGUUAACACGCACAGGAUGUGAAGAAGUCACACUCCCUUGUGAUUGUGACGAUGAAAAAGAGCCGUUGAUUUGCGUGACGGUCACUUCAUCAUUAUAGUCAAAUGACCAAAAUUAGGCACCCUAAUUUAGUUUUUGAUUUUCUGAUUGUUUUAUUAUUUUUUUUCUUUGAAUUUUCAAGUUCCAAUAUGACCUGUUGAAUUUUCUUUUUUUUUUGGCGGUGGGAGAGUUUAAGGGCUUUAGCAAAAAUGAUAGAUGAGAAAUUUUAUUUAUUCUUUCUCGUUUAACUUUUUUAUUUCUUGCUUUCCCCUUUUUUUCUCCUAUUAUGUUGGGACCCAUUAAAAUUAGUAUUGUUGAUUCUUGGUUGCUUCUUAGUGGUUCUGCUUAUUCAAAGUUUCUGUAACUUGUAAAGAAAUUGCUUACAUGUAAUGAAAUAAUUGGUGUGAAUCUUAUUUGUGUAUUGACUCUUUUUGGU